AGCAUCUUUAGUGCACAACACUCAGAAAUGAAGCUCCUAGGAACGCUUGUUUUCAUAACUGUUUUUGAAUUAUCGAGGCUGAGCCUUAAACUUAAACUCGUUGAAGCAGUAUCAAACACAUCGAAUCCCAGACCUGUUCCGGAAGUUACGAAUGAGGAUGCAAUGAAUUUUCUGCGAGAUCUUGGAUUUUUGGCACCACAGUCCCCGUUAGAACUAACAAAUAGGAUAAGUAUGUCCGAUGAAGAAAUUACGGAGGAAGCUCUGCGGAAAUUUCAGCAACGGUAUAAUCUAUCGGAUACCGGAAUGCUUGACGAUGACACGAAGCGCCUGUUAGCUGCUCCGAGAUGCGAAAUGCUUGCAGAACUCAAUUAUGGACCACUUAUCUGGUCCAAAAGGAACCUCACAUAUAGGAUUGUUAGUGUUCCAAAAAGUUUAGAUCACUCGAGGGCCAGACAAUCGAUAAGGAAUGCUUUCGAGGAGUGGACCAAAUAUGCGGAUUUAAAUUUCAGAGAGGUGAACCAAGGUUCGGCUGAUAUUCAUAUCAGCGAUGAAAGUUUGUUUCAUAGAAACCGACAGGGGCAAAUGUGUGCAUUUCUUAGAAGCACGACACUAGCCCACGCAUUCUAUCCCGAAGUUGGAGAUAUUCACUUCAAUGGAGCAAGAAGAUACAAUGAACAAGAAUUUUUCAGCUUAAACUUGCACGAAAUAGGACAUUCUUUGGGCUUGGACCAUUCUCAUUCCCAGUCGUCCAUUAUGUUUCCAAUGAUGAUCAGCUAUCAUACAUCAAUCCCUCUAGAAGAUCAAAAAUCUUUACGAAGGCUGUAUGGCCCGAGAAAAAAUACUGCGGUAAAAACAAUAAAAAAUGCUGUUGUAACGAGAACAACAACAAAAAAACCUACAAUCCUCAAAACAACAACAAAAAAAGUAGUCACAAAACCAUCAACAACUCGAACAACUGCAAGCGUUAAACCAGAAUUAUGCCGGAUUGAUAAAUUUGAUACCAUCUUCAAUGAUGCACAGGGAAAAACGAUUGUAUUUGCCGGUGAAUAUUACUUUGAAUCAUACAGCUGGAACCCCAAAGGACGCCUCAUUUCGGAACGGUGGGCGGAGCUACCGGACAACAUUGACGUUGCCUUCACGUAUCAUCCUCAUCAGAAAACAUAUUUCUUCAAAGGCAGCAAAUUGUGGAUUUAUUCUGGUAACCAACUAAAAGCGGGAUACCCUAAAGCAAUUUCGGAGGCUUUUCCCGGUCUUCCCGACAACAUCAGCGCUGCCUACAUUUCAAAUUGUGGACAGAUAAUGGCUUUCCGGAAAAAUCAGUACUGGUUCUACGAUCCCAAUCGACGGCCACAGGUUGACAGCCAAUAUCCCCGACCAGUAACCGAUUUCAAGAAAAUGCCGUCCCAUGUGGAUGCUGCCCUGUUUCAUACCGAUGGGUACCUUUACUUUUUCACGGGGCUCGAUUUUCGCACGCUUAAUUUUUACAAUUUUUCCUUAAGUGAUUCAAAAACUAUGAAGAACCAUUGGUUGUUUUGUAAAUAAUAAGCAACUCAUUCGGAAAUAAAUAACGUUAAAGA